UCGUACGCCAAGGGUGGAGAUACUGAGAAGCCGUCCGCGGGUGAAGCCGGCACUAUUCACACCAUCCACCGCAUCCGCAUUACCCUUACUUCCAGGAACGUCAGGAGCUUGGAGAAAGUCUAAGUCAGAAGAUUGCUGAGACACGCGAUGGCUGAGCACCGGACAGUACUGGGCGUCUGUUUGGGCGCGCUGCUCACUGAAGCAGGUUUUGACGCCGUGGACAAUAUCGCCUACGAAACGAUGCUCGAGGUGCUCACUUCGUUCAUGAUUUCAACUGGGAACACCGCUCGAAACUACUGUGAACUCGCCGGACGCGUUCAGCCUGUGGUUGGCGAUCUCGUCAUGACCUAUGCUGACCUCGGAAUCGACCUUCGUGGCAUUGAGAGGUAUGCCCGUCGCCAGCAACGUCUGGUGCUGCCCGCAUUGGGUGUCGGCUCUGCUCCCCGCCCGAUCACAAUUCUGCAGGCAGGCAGCAAGUUGCCUCACCCGUCGCACAUUCCUGAGCACCUACCUGCCUUCCCUGACCCGCACGCGUACAUUCGCACGCCUACGCACAAGCAGCCGGUGACAGAAUAUGAGGCCCUCAGGGAGAAGGCCGCCGCCCAGAAAAGGGACAUCGAACGCGCCCUCACGAAGUUUGUGGCCAAGACAGGGGACACACAGAGUCUAUUCACAACAGACGACGUCAACAUUUUCCCUCUUGUUGCUUGUAAGCCGCACCCGCAGCCCUUCCUCGACGCCCUGAUGCCCAAGGACCAAGUGUUUGAUGAGGAAGAUGAGGACCUGGAGUUGCAACCGCCUCCUAAGAGGGUGAAGCGCGGCCUCGAUCUAAGCCAGAACACGGACAAGGACUCUGAUGGUGAAGAUUCGUCGCCACCCUCUAGUCCUCCGGAAUGCCCUGAUUCUCAAUCUGAAGUUGGCAAGGAUAUCCUACAGGCGGAGAAAAUCUCAUCUGAAGAUCCGAUCGAUAACCCUUACCUUCAAGCUGUCAAGAAGCCGCACAAAUACAUUUGAUUGAACUUGCGUGAACAUUCUUCUUGUAGUGCUAAGAACCAGGUUGCUUAAUUUGUGGAAAAGCAGAUGGACGAUUUCCUGCAUUUUCAAUGUGUUAACUUUAAUAUUAAUUCCGACAUAGGAUCUGUUUUAGUGUUGCUUAAGGUAUCAUUCCAAAAUAACUUGUAUAGAUUUCACAACUAUAUAUUGUAAUUCUGAAAUAAAGAUUUGUGUGCCACUA